UAAGCUUUUCGCACUAGUUUCGGAAGCGCUGGAAACAGCUGUUCGGUUUUUGUUUCAACUGCAGUUGGUGAAUUUAUUAUUUUAUUGACGUUGGCGUUUUCUGCAAUUAUUUCUAUUUGUCCAGAGGAAAAAAUAUUUAGAAAACAAUAUGAAUAUUUCCAUUGAAGAAUCUAAGAUUGAGGAUCGAAUUCAAAAACGUGUGAACAAGAUUCUGGAAACCAGAUUGGAAGGGGAUAAAGAUACACUGGACGCACUUAAUAAUCUUUCUAACUUUUUUACGGAAAACACUUUGCAAAAUCGUCGAAAUCUACGCAGCGAAAUUGAGCGGCGUACGGUACGCAUAAACGACAGCUUCCUCAACGCUUUCCGGGAAGUGAAAAAUACCCUUGAUGCAGUUUGUGAAGAUCUGGAUACUAUGGCAAAAUCAGUACAGACUAUGAAGUCUAAUUUGGAAUCUUCAAAAGCAUUGACGCAUGACCUGAUUACGCAAACCAAUUCGCUGCAGACCGAGCGAGAACGUCUUCAGGUAGACCAGCAGAUCGCUGAAGCUUUCUUGGCGCGAUUUCAGCUCACUGUGCCCGAGCAUCAAAUCUUAUAUGGCACCACAAAAGAUGCACAAAUUGUGCCGGAAUUUUUUACUGUUCUUAACCGAGUGCAAAGCAUUCAUGCCGACUGUCGCGUACUAAUGCAAUGUGGCUACCAGACUGCCGCUUUAGAAAUAAUGGAAGAGAUGACACUGCAUCAGGAGGGUGCAUUUGAACGGCUUUACAGGUGGACACAAAAUCAUUGUCGAAACUUGGAAAAUAACGAAAUUGGAUCUUUAGUGAUUGAAGCAAUGAGCCGACUACAGGAUCGACCAGUUCUAUUCAAGUAUGUAAUUGACGAGUACGCGAUUGCGAGGCGGGCCGUACUAGUGCGCCUUUUUAUUGAGGCAUUGACGGAGGGCGGGGCCAAUGGCAAUUCAAAACCUAUUGAAAUGCAUGCUCAUGACCCAAAACGUUACAUCGGCGACAUGUUCGCUUGGUUGCAUCAAGCAAUUCCAAGUGAAAAGGAAAACUUAUCGAUGCUACUAAAAAAAUGCGAUAAAAAUGAUUUGUCGGAUCAAACACAAACUGCACUAGCCUAUAUUGCGGAUGGAGUUUGCCAUCCUCUGAAGGUGCGCGUGGAAACAAUAUUGACUUCAGAAAAGGAUACCAUCGUCUUAUUCGCCAUAUCUAACUUACUACGCUUCUACCAGCAAAUCAUCAAACAGGUUGUUAAGGGCGGUGCACUUGAACAAACACUGAUUGAUUUACAAAAAUCUAGCGAAGAGAUUUACCUAAAUUCGUUGUCAAAUCAAGUGCGCAGCAUUUUACAACGUCCGGCCAGCGCUAAUUUAGGACUUGAACCGCCACAGCGCGACUUAGUGCCACCGCCGAGUGUGGGUCGUCUUUUGAAUAUGCUCAAAGAAAUACUAUCAGUAGCAACCAUGGUCGAUGGACGACAAACAGAUAUUACAAAGAUCGUGUCUUGUGUUAUCGAUCCUCUGUUGCAAUCAGUACAAGAAUCUGCAUCCCACUUACCUACAAUCGAUAUGGCGGUUUAUCUACUAAACUGUCUCUACCACAUGCAAAGCUCGCUGACGGUAUACGAAUACAUGGACGAGCGUGUGGAGCGAUUGCAGGCACAGUCCGAUGCGCAAAUCGAUACGCUUAUUUCUGAACAAGCAUCAUCUUUGGUGGCUAAUCUUAAUCUAGGUCCCAUCUACACAAUACUGCAAAACAACCAAACGAAGAUUGAGGCAAAUUUGCUGAAAAUAUUUAUGAAUAAAAUGGAGGCCUUUUUAGAAAUGCCCGAAAUGUUGUUGCUGCCACAAGUACAGUUGCUAAUGUCCAGCUCGCAUCGUAAUGCUGUGCAGAAGCGUUCUUUCAAUGUUAUUGUUGCAAUAUACAAACAAAUAUACGAGCGCGUGCACGAUCCGGCGAAUGGUUUCGAGAAUCCGGAAACAGUCUUUAGUAAAACGCCGGAGCAGGUUAGCAAAAUAUUGGCAGUUUAGGGUAGUAUAUAUAUUCCAAUAAUUAUAUUCAUUGUUUAAAAAUUAAGUUUAGUAGUUGACACAGUCAUUGUUGUAAGGCGGUGAAUGUCGGUUGUUCUGCGAAUAACUAACAUCAUUGUCAAAGCUAUUUACCAUCAGACUCUACGCUUUUGUACAUGUAUACACACACACAUACAUAUAAAUAUAUACAUGUUAAUGGGUACGCGCCUCCAUAUCGGUCGCAGUUUUAUCAAGCUUUAAA